AUGUUUUUUCAUUAUAUCACUAGUGGUUAUUUGAUAAUUCUUAUAAAUCAAGUUUUAGCUAGCUGGAGACUCAUUGAUUAGAGUUUUACAGACAUGCAAAUGGUAAGCAAUAAUUGGAAAAUAUAUCAAAGCUGUUUAUUUCCAUUUGAAGUUAUAUUUUAAUACUCAACUUGCAGUGAAAAUUCACGUUAGUUUUUGAGUUUAAACCAAAAUGGACGAUAUUUAUUGAAAUCAUUUAAUUAUUAGAGUUUUUAAGCUCAAAUUAUAUUUGAUGUUUAUUUUGAUGGUGCAGAUAUUGAUAUUUCAAACUUAAUAGUUAAUUAUAAAAGCAAUAAAGUCUCAGAAACUGAUUAGCUACUAUAUAGAAGAGAUUAUUUAGAAAAUGAUUUAAUUUAGAACAGUGCUCAAAUAUGUCAAAGUAGUUAAAACCUUUUUGAAUUCUAUACAAUUGUAAGUACUAUUGCCUAUUCUAACACUGACGAAUUUACAAUUAAAUUUUGUUUUUCUCCUGAAACUAGUAUUAUGUAGGUAGGGAUUAAAAAUUUAUUGAUAUAUGUUAAUACUUGUCAUCCAACUUGUUUAACUUGUAAUGGUCCUAAUGAAACAGAUUGUUUAUCAUGUUUUAACAAUUAAAGUGUAUAAAGUGGGAAAUGUUUUUGCAUUUCUGAUGAACAAUUUUCUGAAACAUAUAUAGGUUGUAGGCAAGAAUGCAGUAGAGAUUAUUCUAUAGCACGUUAUGAUAAAAUAUGUGUGAAUGAUAAUAGAAUAUAAUCAAAAUUUACUUUAUUCAAAGAUAACAGCAUCCCUCAAUCAAAUCAAAGAUAUUUUCCUUUUAUAUUUGUAAAAGAUGAAUUUAAUUCAAAAAAUACAGAUUUAAUAAAUGAGGAUUGCCUUGGAAUUGAUUUUAUUGGACAAUUGUAAUUUAAUGAAGGAAUGCUAUAUUAAAUGAAUCUCGAAAAUGCUGUUAAAUUUUUAAGAAUUCGUAUUACAUUUUAUUUGUUUAACUUUUAAGAGACAAGCAACAUUGAAAUCUUACAAAAUAAUUAAAUUCAAUCUAGAAUAAUUAAGUCUUUAUCGAGUUUCUAAGUUGAAAAUAUGUUGAAAAUUUUUUAGAGGAAUCAAAUUUGUUAUAGUAUGAGUUAUACUUUGUUAAGGAUAGAGACGACUUUUUAACUCAAUAAUCCUAAUACAACUCUUUUAAUUAAGGGAUCACUUCAAUAAGAAAGUGAAUCUUGGGGAUUUAAAAAUAUAACAAUAGACACAGGAUUUUGUUAAGAACAUUGCUUAGUAUGUUCAGAUUUCUCAACUUGUGCAUUGUGUGAUUCAACAUAUAAAUUAUAUAAAAAUAAAUGUGUUCCAUUUUGUCCCAUUCAUUCGUCAAAUUGUAUUGACUAUGAAGAUAUCAUUCCAUGUAUAAUAUUAUUAAUUUAUUUGUAGAUUCUAGAUACUUAGCAAAAGGAUUUUAUGAUUUAAAUAUGACACUUGAAGAAAUACAAACAUUUUAUGAUACUACAACAGAUCCAUCCUUUAAUUUAUCAACAAAAUAAAAAUUUUCUUUUUUAAAUAAUAAAAUAGUUUUGGGUGGUUUAUUAGUAUGGAAUGAUGGUUCAUAUAUCAAAACAUGGGUUAUUUAAAAACCUCAUUAUGCAGUAUCUAUAUAUUUUAAUUUAACUUAUGGAGAUGGUUACACUGGAACAUUUUCAUAUUUGAUAGGUGAUUCUCCAAGCAGUUCAUGGUAAGGACCUUUUAGUAAUCCAGGUGGAGGAUAUAAUUUAAUUGGUCGUACUGGUCUUGAAAGCAUUCGAUAUUUUAAUGUAAGUCUAACAAACUUUUAUACAAACAAUCUUUAUAUUGAAUUUAAAUGCGAUGUUGAUAUUGCAAAUAUUACAAAAGAAUUUUGUGCAAUUUCUGAAUAUUUCAUUGUUAUUCAUUAUGUAUAAAAUGUAUUAUUAUAAUCUAGUGUCCUCCUUUUUGUUCUAGCUGUACAAGUUUAACUGAGUGUUAAGAUGUAGGUUAUGCUGGUUCAAAUUGUGGAAGUAAUUAAUUUUUGGAUUUUAAUUCAACUACUGAAACUUAUAGUUGCAAAGAUUGUAAUUAACCUGGAUGUAGUGAAUGUAAAAGUUUAGAAGAUUGCACUGAAUGUGUUAAUAAUUAAUUUUAUUUGAGUAAUGGAAUUUGUUUAUGCAAUCCAUUUACAUUUUAAUAGGGAAAUACUUGUAUAUAAUGCAAUAAAUAUUGUGAAAAUUGCUAUGGUAAUUCAUAAUAGGAUUGUAUUACUUGUGUAAGAGAUUAUCAUAGAGGUAUUCAUAGACAUUAAUGUUUAUGUUUGCCUGGAUAUUAUGAUGAUGGAAUAAAUUUACCAUGUAUUCCUAUAUGUGGAGAUUUAAUAAUAGUACAAGAAGAAGAUUGCGAUGAUGGAAAUAAUAAUCCAUUUGAUGGUUGUCAUAAUUGUAAAUUUAGUUGUAAUUUUGCAUGUGAUAUAUGCUUAAAUGGAAAGUGUUAUUAAUGUAAAAGUGGAUAUGAAGUUUAUAAUAAUGACUGCCGUUCUAUUUGCUUAGGAAAUACAAUUACAUUACUUUAACAAUGUAAUGAAGAAAAAAUAAAUUGCAUUAAUUGUUAAUAUGAAUGCUCUCCUAACUGUAUAGAUUGUCAUUUUGGAAGUUGUGUUUAAUGUGAUGAGGAUAGAGGAUGGUACAUGUAAAUUGAUGGAACAUGUAAUUCCAUUUGUGGGGAUGGAAUUGUUACUAAAUUAACAGAAAUGUGUGAUGAUGCAAAUUAUAACCCAUUAGAUGGAUGUCAUUAAUGCUAAUUUUCUUGUAAUCAAUUUUGUCAUACUUGUGUCAAUUCUUUGUGUGUAAUGUGUUAAAAAGGUUAUCGAUUAAUAAAGAACAUAUGUAUUCCAAAAUGUUAGGAUGAACUAUUAGUAUUUUCUGAAUAAUGUGAAGAUGGAAAUCAAGUACCAUUUGAUGGUUGUUACAAUUGCUAAUUUUAAUGCUCAAUCAAUUGCUUAGAUUGCUAAUAUGGUAUUUGUUAAUAAUGCAAUGAAUUAAGUGGUUGGUAUUUAUAAUAAGAUGGAUCUUGCAAGAGUAUUUGUGGAGACAAUAUACUAGUUCUUGAAAAUGAAGAAUGUGAUGAUAAUGAUCCUGAUAGUCUUUGCAAAUAAUGUUAAAUUGAAUGUGAUAUCAAUUGUUAAUCAUGUCAUAAAGGAGUUUGUAUAUCUUGUAUAUAAGGUUAUAAAUGGGAUUACUCAUUAUUUUAAUGUGUUAAAAUUUGUGGAGAUAGUGUAUUAUAAGUAAAUUAAUAAAAAGUUUGUGAAGAUGGAAAUAACUAAUUAGAAGAUGGAUGCUAUUAAUGUUAAUUCAGUUGUUAAUAAUCAUGUACUUUAUGUACUUCAAAUGGGUGUUUAGAAUGUAAUACUAAGGGAUGGAGAUUGGAUGAUCUAUAAAAUAAAUGUGAAACAAUCUGUGGAGAUGGAAUUACUGUAUAAUAUUAUGAAGAAUGUGAUGACUAUAUAGAUGAAAACUGUUUUUAAUGUAAAUAUAAUUGUUAAGACUCUUGUUUAAUUUGUUACAAAGGAGAUUGUCUAAAAUGCUAGAUAGGAUGGCUUAUAAAUUUAGAUAAGAAAUGUUAACCAUAUAUAGGAGAUUCUUUAGUUGUAGGUGAUGAAUAAUGUGAUGAUUAUAAUUCAAUAAUGUAUGAUGGUUGUUAUAUUUCCAAAUAUUAAUGUUAGGAAUCAUGUAUUAUAUGCAAAUUUGGAGAAUGUAUCAAAUGUUAAGAUGGAUAUAAAAAUUAAAUUGGGAAAUGCAUUGAAAUUUUGAAUGAUGGAUAAAUUACAGGUGAUGAACAAUGUGAUGAUAUAAAUUUAAUCGCAGAAGAUGGUUGUUUUAAUGGUUAUUUUGAUUGUCCUAGAGAUUGUGAGAAUUGUUAUCAAGGUUAAUGUAUAAAAUGUAAUAUGGAAUCAAAUUAAUUAGAUCCUUAUAAUAAUUAAUGUAUAUCAUUAUGUGGAGAUGGAUAAUUAUCAAAAAAUGAAUAAUGUGAUGAUGGGAAUUAAAUUCCAUAUGAUGGAUGUCAUUUAUGUUAAUUUUCAUGUAAUUACUAUUGUCAUACUUGUGAAAGUGGUAUUUGUACUAAAUGUUAAAUUGGUUAUUACUUAGAUUAAUAAAAAAAUACUUGUUAUAGUAUUUGUGGAGAUGGAAUUGUAUCACAUGAUGAAUAAUGUGAUAAUGAUAAUUUCAUUUCUGAAUAAAUAUGCAUAAAUUGUAAAUUAUUAUGUUAAGAAUAAUGUACAGCAUGUGUUAAUGGAGAAUGUUUUUAAUGUAUUUCAAUAGGAUGGCAAUUGAGUGUUCUUAAUAGAAACUGUUAACCUAUUUGUGGAGAUUAACUAAUUUUAGGUAAUGAAUAAUGUGAUGAUGGAAAUGAAAAUGAUGAUGAUGGAUGUAAUUAUUGCUAGCUUCAUCUUUAAGAACAAUGUUCUUUAUAUGAAAAAGGAUAAUGUAGAGAGUGUAAUGUUGAAGGAUGGGAACUUAAUAUUAAUAGAUGCACUACAAUAUGUGGAGAUUAAUUAGUAUUAGGUACUGAAGAAUGUGAUGAUGGGAAUCUGAUUCCAUAUGAUGGAUGUUAUUAAUGCAAAUUUUCAUGUGAAGAAUAAUGUACUGUAUGUGAAAAUGGGAUUUGUUAAGCUUGCAUAAAACCAGGAUGGGUUCUUAAUUAAUAUAAUAUUUGCAUUACUUAAUGUGGAGAUGGUAUAGUCAUUGAUCCAUAUGAGGAAUGUGAUGAUGGAAAUGAUAAACCAUUUGAUGGUUGCUAUUAGUGUUUAUUUUAAUGUUCAGAAGGCUGUAUUGAAUGUUAAUAAGAGUAAUGUAAGAAAUGUGAUUAUUUAUAUAAAUUGGAUAUUUAAACAGCAAAAUGUUUGAUAUAAAAUUAAAAUGAUUAUGAUUAGGAAGAAUUAAUUUAAAUGUAACUGGCUUAUUAAACAAAUUUAAGAUGUGGAGAAAAUCAAUUGUUAAUUGAUCAUGUAUGUAUUAAUCAAUGUGGAAAUGGGAUAAUAAUCAAUUAAUAUGAAGAAUGUGAUGAUGGAAAUAAUUAUGGAGGAGAUGGAUGUUCUAAUUUAUGCUAAAUAGAAGAUUCUUAUCAAUGUAUAAAUUAAUAAGACUCAUUAAGUUUAUGUACAUUUAUUAUAGCUCCUGAAUUUAAUUUGAAUAUUCUAUCUGAAAAUACUAAAUAAAUUUAAAUUGUAGAAUUAACUUUCACCUAAUAAGUGAAAUUGAAUGAUGCUCUAAAUUUAGAAGAUAUCAUGAUAUUUACAAUAAUACCAUCAACUCGAUAUCAAUUAAAAACAAAUAACAUUUCAAAUUUAACUAUUACCUUAAACAAUCCUAUAUAUUAAAUUUAAAUUGAAUUUUUUGAACCUGUAUAAACUCCUAUUUUACAAGUUGACAUACAGAAAAAUACUAUAUUUAAUCAAUAUGAAUUAAGCUUAUAGAAUAAUUACAAAACUCUUAAUCUUGGUACUCCAUUUAUACUCUCUGAAUAAACUAAAUAAUAAUUAAUAUCUAUCGUUUAAUUAAAUGAUGUUAUGAUGUAUUCUAUGGCUGGAGUAUCAAGUUUGGCUUUGAUAACAGGAAAUGCAAUUAUGUUUUUUAAUUUAUUAGAACUAUUAUAGUCAUUAUCUUAUGUGAGAUAUAUGUAAUGUUAAUUUCCACCACAUUUGAAUUAUUUUUUAAACACUUACACUAAAGUCUCAAUGCAACCUAUUUUUGAUUAAUUAUAGGUUGAUUAAUUAUUGAAUAAAUUAAAUGGAGGAAGUACAUCAAAUCAAGAAAUAAAAAAAUAAAAAGAUGAACCCAACACAAUUUUCAAAUAACCUUAUUUGUUCAAUGCUAAAAGUUGUUAUUUUUCCAUAUUUUCAUCUGCACUAACUUACCUAAUUUAUUGCUAAAUAACAUCUUAAAAGUUAGAAAAUUUUAUUUAAAAACUCUUCUCAAAAUAUAAAUAAAAUUCAAAAAUCAUGAAAUUUAUAAAUAUAUUUUAACGAAAGAUAUAGAAAAAGUGCUUAAAGGAUAAAAAAGAAUAUUUUUCAAUUGGAAUAUUUAAGGUUUAUUUUGCUAUUCUUCAUUAAUUUAUGUUUAGUACAAUUUUAUAAUUUCCCAAUUAUAAAUUUGAUUCAUUUUUUACAUCAUUUAACAGUAUUAAUGCAAUUUUUGGAUUAAUGAUAAUUUUAAUAUCUAAUUUAAAUUUGCUUUAAAUUACUACAGCUACAAUAAAAAAUUAAUAGAAAUGGAAAUAUUUUUAUAAUGAGACAAAAACUGAAUUUUGGGCCACUUAAUUUAAGUCUUUUUAAAUUUACAGAAUCUUAUUUUAUAUAUUAAUUAUUGUAAAAUUAAGAAACUAUCCAGAAGUAUAAUCAAUAUUGCUUUCUAUCCAAUCAUUAUUAUUCUUAAUUUAUUUAAUCAAAUUUAAACCAUUAAAAUCUAUAUUUGAACUUUCCAAGCUUAUAUGUAGAGAGUUUUUAUUAAUGGUUAUUUCAGGAACAUUUUUAGCUUAUAGUUUUGAAUUUAGUUAAGAUAAUUUUAUCAUGAUUGGUUGGAUUCAUAUUGCCAUGUUUUCUACUAUCAUGGCUUCUAAUUUGAGUAUAGAUUUAUUUUCAUAACUCAAGAGAACUUAUGAUAGUUAUUUGUAAAAGAAAAUUAAAGAGAAAAUUAAAUAAGAGAGAGAAUAUCAUUUUCAGCAUUUAUAAGGAUUCUAAAUAAAUAAAAAUGAUUAUGAAUAAUCAUAAUGA